UGGAUGAAAUAUGUGCGGACAGAUUGACUGUGGAGCAUUUGUCCUCUUUACAGAGUCUCACGAAGGCUUUGAGAGAUGAGCAGUUCAGUUAUGAACAAGCACAGGUUUUGUAAUUCUACAUCAAGUUUACACACAUGGGUCAGAACCGACCCGCAUGCAUUUACUCCAGCGUUUGGUGGGAACUGUGAAUUGUGCUCGUGUCAGACAUUUCACAGCUCAGCACAGCGCCCUUUGCCCAUCUAAUACAUGUGUGGUGUGGAGCUCAAUGUCCUACACAGUCUCUCUGUAAUCUUAUUGAGACUUUCUGAUACGCUCCAAGAGGAUCAUGAGGCACAGACAGCAUCACUGUGUCUCCAGCUUGCAGCUGAGUGUUUCCGGGCACAGAGAAAUGCCUGCGUGCAGUGUCCUCGCAACCAGUGCAUUCUACGGGAUCAGGGUUGUAUCCAGGUAUCACUAGGGAUUCUAGGAAGGUUGCUUAAGCUUACAUCAGGAGCAUCUGAUCUUCGUCUCGAUGGACUUCGAUGUGGAAUUCAGUUUCUCGGCAAUGCCGCAGUUGGGAACCAACUAUGCAAAGAUGACAUUUGGGCCUGUGGUUUUCCACACAUGUUUUUGGAGCUUUUGGAACUAAAUGAUGAGAAGGCUCUGGCAUAUACAUGCAUGGUCAUAUACACCUGUCUGGAUGCAGAGAAAACACAGCAGCUGGGCUUGAAUCUGAUCCAGCUAAAAGUGGCACUGAAGAUCACGGAGCUGUGUCGGACCCUGCCUGAUAUUGACUGGACAGUCUUGAUUGUCACACAACAUUUCUUCAAAUCCUCCGAGCUCAUUGAGAAGAUGUAUGCAGAGAUGAAUGAUCAUGAAAGGCUUACGUUACUGGAGCUUGUAUUAGACCAGCUUGGAGAAGUUAAAGAAGACGACUGUGUGAUUCCUCUGAAAACAGCUCAGUUCCUUGCAUUGUCCUUCCAGAAUAGCUGCAAAGCUGUUCUUGCUCUCAGCUCCGUCUCGUCAGCUGAUGAGCAGGCCUUGGCAGUAAUCAGGCUCCUGGAUAUUCUCUGUGACAUGACGUCUGGACAGAGAAAAUUUAUGGCUCUGCAGGAUCACCCAGACCUUCUCCAGACAACAGUUGAGCUCCUGAAGGAAGUGCAUUUUCUAGGGAAAGCCAGUAAAAAUGUGUUCAGUCCAGCACAGGAUUUCUCUCUUGCAUCAUCAGACGAAGUGGGCACACACCCUGCUCUCAGCUUUAAAGCCCACCUCAUCCGGCUGAUUGGAAACCUGUGCCAUGGACACACAGCCAACCAGAACCAGGUCAGAGAACUGGAUGGUUUAGCCCUCAUCCUGGACAAUUGCAAUAUAGACAGUAACAAUCCAUUCAUAAGCCAGUGGGCUGUUUUUGCCAUCCGUAACAUUCUGGAGCACAAUGUGGAGAACCAGAAGCUGGUGCAGAGCAUGAGGAGGCAGGGGGUGGCGGAUGACUCCAUACUUAGAGAGUUGGGCUUCUGUGUGCAAGAGAGAGAUGGCAGCCUGCUCCUCAGACCUCUCAAAAAGGAGAAAGAGCAAAGAGAGCACUAAACCUGGAGCCCUCAUCUCAUCCCAUCCACUCCUCUGCACUCCACAUCACAUUCUGGAGACAGCUUAAGACACCCACAGAGGCUGUUGUGCACAGAGAAAACACAGUGGGCAUUUUAAUAUCCAAUCAGUAUUGAGAACACAAGGGGGCAGGGAAGCAGAGGGAGGGGGCUACUUUGCUUUGUACUCUUUACAUAAAAGGAACACCAAGGAGCUUUUCUGCAGGGACUCAUGCUGAUGCCUGUGAUGCAUUUAGUGGCCUUUGAUUCCAGCUCCCAGUGAAUAGGAUUCAAAUCCUGUGAAACAAGGAGACCCAUGUCUUCCUGGCUUUUCAGCCACUAAAGAAACUCUAGUGACCAGUGGGGAAUAGAGGUUAAUCUCUAAUCCAGUGAGUUUUAUGAAGACCUGAGGCCCCCUUGAUCUGUUCACAGGGUUUCCUCUCAAUAGCCGUGGGACUUGGGUCCCUACUUUGUUGUUGUUUUGUGUUGUUUUUUUGGCUAUGUUUUCUGCUUUGGGAAUGUCACCGUCCUUGUAAUGGUUUUCUCUUUAACAGUUAAAUGAAUACUCACUUAUCUGGCUGUGUAGAGUUUAUUGCAGAUGAAUGGGCUUUCACUCCAGUUGUGGUUUAAAAGAAUCUGUUUUCACACAAAAGGCCUGUUCCUCCUCUAGCGGUACUUACAUCUACACUGAGAGGUCAUGACUUAUCAGCUAUCUGAUCAUCUUCCUUUCUCUGUUAGCUCGUCAUGCCCUCACAAGCCAGUCUGUUUUGGUCCAAGCAUACUGGACUAAGGUCAGUCAGGCCAGAAGUAUUGUCUUGCAGGAUGGCAUGACACCUUGUCUUCCGCUUACUCUGACAGAAUGAGCUGAGUGUUCCUGACACCUGCAUAAUACCCGAUUGCAGAGGCCUCUCCUCUCCCCACACCGCCCUGUUUGCUCUGCCUCAUAUUUUUUAAUGACAAAAUGUUUGUGUGAAACAAUUGAGGUUGACUUUUGUCCCAAUCCAGGCUAUAGUGUUUGGAGCUUAUGCAGUUCCGGUAGCCAGUAGUUCAGACGGCUAACAAAACACGACUGCUUUACUUCUGCUCCGCUGGCUGCCUGUAAUGCUUUUCACACAGGAAAAGAGCGCUGAGCGAGGGAAUGAGGCAGCAUGGACGGCUUUUCAAAUGCUUGCUGGGCAGGACUGGACACAGGAGGCUCAUGCCUCGCCAGCAACAAUCUCAGAUCACUCAGCUGCUCUCAAUUUGGAAAAUGCUGCAUGAACUUAAGUUGAUCUGAUUUAAUGUUUUUAAUAUUUAAAAAAGGGAUUUCUGGUUUUAUUUUCAGCCACGCGGUGAUGGUCAUGAACACCAAUGUUCACUGAAAUGAAUUCAUUUAUUAACUUAAUAAUGUUGCUGUGAUACUACACAUAAAACCAGACUACAAAAGGGUGAGAUGGGUUUAAGUUCAAAGUCAGUUAAGAAAAUUGGGCUAGUGUGGGGGGAAAAAAAUUAAAGUGUGUACAUAAUUAAUUUGGGACAAAAUUCAGCAUAAUUAAUGGUUCAAAUCAUAAACAAUGAUAAUAUAUAAUAAGGAAAAUAAUAAAAAUUACUCUUUUUCUGAAUAUACAUGACAUAAAGUGCCAGGUUUUCUGUGUAAAAAAAUAUACUUUUUCAAAUUUGCCAGCCCUAAACCUUGCAUAAACAAUUUUGAAUAAAAGAAUGUUGCUACCCAUGAAUCUUUUCAGCCCCCAGCUGUAUGGUUAGGCAAAUUCCAUUGGCUCAGGCAGAGUAUGGGGGGGGGUUGUGCAAGCUGGGCCAGUGAUGUGGAAUCCCAUGUCUCUGGCAUUUGUGAGAAUAUUCUGUGCAUACUUUGGUCACCCGAUUUCAUUUCCAUGAAGUAUUUUACCAGCUCUCUUGCAUUCCCAUACUUUUGUGCAUGCACAAAAGGCACAUUUACACACUGAGAUGAACAGAGAAUGCAUGUCUCAUUGCCAUAUUGUGGUGGUUUGAUUCAGUAUAUCGUGGGGUUUUUUUCGGCAUUAACCAUUCUCACAAAAGUAUGCGAUUUUUUUUUCUUUGAGGCCCACAACAAAACAAAAAAAAAAACAGAACAUCACACAUCCCACCACAGCAAUCAGCAACACAUUCAGUGACUCCAUGACAUCUUGUCCAGUUGGCUGUGGACUUAGCUGGCCUGUUUUCUAUCAGUGAGCAGCAAAGAAAAGCAGGGAAAAUAAAUACUUGUUUGCCAACUUUGAA